CCCUUAUCAUAGACUCCCUUUACCCACCAUGGCGGCUCACUCCGGAAUUAUUUUCUUUAAGGAACUCACUGACACUGACGUCAAGAAGAGAUUGGUAGUCCCGAAAGAGUACCAGGAUUUCUUCCUACCUUCAUAUGGACGCCUUCCAGCCAAAAUUAAGCUCAUGUACGACGGAAAGAUCUGGGAAGUUAAGUGCACUGUUCGGAAAAAGGGGUACCUUAAGCCUGUUCUCUCCGUUGGAUGGAAAAAGUUUGUUGUUGCUAACGAACUCAAAGUUGGGGAUAGAAUCACCAUGUACAAAGAUGAAGAUGGCUUUUCCCACUAUAUGGUUGAAGUGGAGAAGCCUCCCGCAAGCAACCAACACGACACCCUUCCUGAUUCGCCUGCUCUCUCUUUCAUUCAUCAUAAACCCGAUGAAACGACUCUCAAAUACAGAAAAGAAGUACCUGAAGACUUGGCCGGAGCACACCACCAGCCUGAUAUUGCACCGAUGAACAUUCCUGUCAACGCUUGGCAACGGCCAUCCAUCGGGAUGUUUGGUACUAACGUGAGUAACGAAAGAGCUGAUCAUUUCAGUCUGAUGACCUACGGCAGUGGCACUAGUGCUGCUGGUGGAAUUGGAGAAGCAUGUCCAGAGAUUAUUACUGAUCAUCAUCAAGACCUUAGCUUGGACUUGGUUCGGCGACAACCCGGUACUAUUCCACCGCCAUAUGUGGGAGAAGUGAAGUUAGAUUUGACAUUGGCGCCACCCAAUUAAUGUGGUGAGAGCGGAUAACCAAUUGAGACAAUAAGACAAACUUAGGCUUCUUUUGGGGACAGAUUAGUGCGGUUCAAAACAGGAACUUGAAGAUCAAGAUUGAGGUUGAACUUGAAAAUUGAAACCCACCCUUUUCUUUCUUUCUUCUUCAUCAUUUUGUAUCAUCAAAGUCAAUGAUGUGUGUAUUUUACAUCGAAGGGGAAAUCUAAAUAACAUGUUUUGCA